GUAGCAGCAGCCGCAUCAACCACCCCCAAUGGGGCAGAAACUGGACAAGGGGCUGGCGAGAGAGGGGCGGCCCGCGGCUGUUUCAGACAGUCUGGAGCAGUCGGGGGGAACAGAACCAUCGUUGCACGCAGAGGAAGAAGGAGGAGAAGAGGCCGCAAGUCAGGCAGAGGGCGACAACGGUCAUGGGGCGUCUCCGGGCCACACUCGCGGGAUCAGUGUCAGUAACCUAGCCAUUGAGCAGGCCGAGUUCAUAGCCCCUCUUGCAAGAAUAGACCCCCAAAGCAGGGAGCCAAUGAAAUCUAUUCCAGCUCACGGGGAGAACCUUUCUUUCAAAGCUAGAGGAGUUCAUGAGGGUGGGGUCAGAGAAGGUCCUGCCUUGUCACCAGCAGCACGGGGGACCGUCACUGCUUUACGUCCAGUGGAUACAGCGCAACAUUUGGGGUGGACUGCGGGAAGGAAAGCGCGGACCACUGUAGAUUUGGCUAUUGCCAGAGCGGGGACCACCAGCAUCGAAAUGGAGGAGCAGGGGGAAACCCACCAUGGCACCAUGGGAGCCAGGGGUCUGACCCGCAGGAUGCACAAGAAGGAUCCAAGCGCUUCCACUGACCAUGCUAACGAGGAGGACUUUGUGGUUUUGGAGAAGGAUGAUAUUCGGUUUACAUCUGAUGGGAAAUGUGAGAGUGAUUGUAGCGAUGACAGCGGAGCGGAGAGUCACCAAGCCGAUUCACAAAUUGAGUCUGCUCCUUCAAAAGUGGAAGAGAAUGGACUUCCACAAGCAGGUGGAUUAAAAUCCGGUCAUUCCCAGAGAUGGGCUGAAAAAUCCAACGGAAACACGCUACACAGAACAGGUGAUGGGGACGGAAGUCAAAGUCUGGGAUCUGACACUAUUUCGACCGCGGUCAACUGUAUGGCGGAAAAUGUUACAUGCCUGACCUCACGGUCCGUAAUGGAGCUAAAUUCGUCUGAAGAGACGGGCAUCGGGUGUCAGACGGAGAGGGCCAAUAAUACUAGAGCUGGCCAUGUUCAGAAACAUGGUGGUGGAGGAGAUACACCAUGCAGCACACAGCAGGGCCCAACAAUCCACAACCAGGGACUAGCUUCAGAGAUGCAAGGGGGGUUGGCCAGAACCCACAGGCAGAGUUCCAACGAUAUGGAAAACACUAUAGCUCAAUUCAAAAGCACUGACUCCUCGGAUCAGGAUGGGGAAAUUAGACACGCAUCCCCAGAGAAGUCUAAAGGCCACUCGGAAAGUUUGGAGGUUUCUUUGUGCGAAGCUCAGCAGAAAAGAGGCAACAGUCAUCAGUCGUACGGUAGAACCAAGCAACAACACGAGGGAAGCAAUCGGUGCGUGAGGAGCUCGUUUGGGAAUGCCGUCUCGAAGAGAGCCAAAGAGGGCGUUCAGGGGAGCAUGAGUUUGUGCAGGAGGGAAAGAGAACAGGAGGUAAGCGAUGAGCCUCGGCCAUGUAGAGCCGACCCUCACCCUCCUCUGGCUCAGUGCAACAGCUGUUCUGUAUCACAAGCAUCAGGCCAUCCUACAUCCUCAUCCAAACCAGGCCAUCUCACUGAAUGUCCACUACCAGAGCACUGUGAUGGGAACUGGACUGAGCAGAUACAGACAGCCAGCUUGAAGAAGGAGGGCCACAUUGUUGUAUUCUCUGCAAUGGUGACCGAGCCACCUUCCGUUCACGAGCUGCGUCCGACAGUCGUUGAUAAGAACGGUUUAGUGAUAACACCAGGGGAUGCAGACACCUCACUUGACUCGCAAGACGAGAUAAGAGAGAAGGCCAGAGCGAAAGGCCCGCCUCCCCCCGUUCCCAAGAAACCUAAGAAUUCCCUUAUCAAGCUCCGCAUGGCCCAGCUGAACACCAGCGAGGUCAAGAGGAGAGGCAAGAGCCAACUUGAUAAGGACGAGAAGGUGAAGCGGAGGCACACGGUGGAUUUCAACACGGGCAUGGCUCCGCGGGACGUGGUGACCAAUCAGGAUAUGGCCUUGUUUUGGGACGACAUGGGCACGUACACCAUGCCGUCCGACGCGCAACGCCAGUCCGCCGACUGCCACCCUGAACCCGGAAGACGCCAAAGGCUGCGGAAAAUCAACGAUAAGUUCAGAGACAUGAUCAAUUUCGACUACUGCAGUCGUAUGGAGAAGCUGUCCCCAGACUGCGAGCUGAGGAACAUCGACAUGCUGCAAAAAGAGAUGUUAGAGGACAGGUGGCAAAGAGACGAUGGGUCUCCUUCUCCUCCGCCUCGUCCCGCACGGAGGGCACCCCGGAGGCCGCUCACCCCCCCAGAGACGCCGACGCAUCCUGAACCUACAGAGGACGAAGAAGCACCGCCAUCGAGGCUGCCGGUGGUCUCGGGCAGACGGGGCGUGGAGCCUGAGCCUGGGCGUUACGUCCCACAGGUCCAGAGGUCCAGAGACCGCCGCAGGACCGUUGAGGGCAUCGUGCCGCCACGGGUGGAUGCGGAACCCGAGGACAAGGGGAGCUCCUACAAGCCCGUGGCGGAGCUCAUCAAAGAGACCAACCAGCUUCACCAAGGACGCCGGAGACCGGGCGGAUCGAGGCCGGACGGAGGUGGGCGGCCUCCGCCGGCAGUGGCGGAGCACAGCCAGAGCACCAAAGUGUCCCAGAUGAAGGACACCUUCGAUGUGCCCAAGAAACCCAAGAGACCCGUGGAGAGGCCGUCCGAAGUGAACCCACCACAGAAGAAGGAUAUGUUGAGGCGCGUUGUGCGACAGAGCAAGUUCCGGCAUGUGUUCGGCCAGGCGGUGCGGAACGACCAGAUCUACGACGACAUCCGCGUCUCCCGGGUGACGUGGGACUCCUCCUUCUGCGCCGUCAACCCCAAGUUUGUGGCCAUCAUCAUCGAUGCCAGCGGGGGCGGAGCCUUCCUGGUGCUCCCGCUACAGAAGACGGGUCGCAUAGACAAGACCUACCCAACCGUGUGCGGUCACACGGGCCCCGUGCUGGACAUCGACUGGUGUCCUCACAACGACCUGGUCAUCGCCAGCGGCUCUGAAGACUGCAAGGUCAUGGUGUGGCAGAUACCUGAGAAUGGCCUGGAGGAACCUCUGUCACAGCCGGCUGUGGUCCUGGAGGGCCACUCCAAGAGGGUGGGCAUCGUGACCUGGCACCCCACGGCUCGUAAUGUCCUCCUUAGCGCAGGCUGUGACAACCAGGUGGUGAUCUGGAACGUGGGGACGGGCGAGGCCCUGGUGCGUCUGGACGACAUGCACCCCGACGUGAUCUUCAGCGCCUGCUGGAGCCGCAGCGGCAGCCUGAUCUGCACCGCCUGCAAGGACAAGACGGUGCGCGUCAUCGACCCGCGCAAGGGGAAGAUCAUCGUGGAGAAGGAAAAGGCCCACGAGGGAGCUCGACCAAUGAGAGCCAUCUUCCUGGCAGACGGCAGCAUCUUCACCACUGGAUUCAGCCGCAUGAGCGAGCGCCAGCUGGCUCUCUGGAGAACUGAUAACAUGGACGAGCCCAUAAACGUCCAGGAGAUGGACUCCAGCAACGGCAUUCUUCUGCCGUUUUACGACCCUGACACCAACAUCGUGUACUUGUGCGGAAAGGGGGACAGCAGCAUUCGGUACUUUGAGAUCACGGACGAGUCGCCGUACGUGCACUACCUCAACACCUUCUCGUCCAAGGAGCCUCAGCGGGGGAUGGGCUACAUGCCCAAGAGAGGCCUCGACGUCAACAAAUGUGAAAUUGCUAGGUUUUAUAAAUUGCAUGAGAGGAAGUGUGAGCCCAUCAUCAUGACUGUGCCCCGGAAGUCCGACUUGUUCCAGGACGACCUGUACCCGGACACGGCCGGCCCGGACCCCGCCGUGGAGGCGGAGGAGUGGUGGGCCGGGAAGAACGGCAACCCCAUCCUGAUCUCGCUGAAGAACGGCUAUGUCGCCACAAAGAACCGGGAGCUGAAGGUGUCGCCAAACCCUUCCGCUCCCCAGAAGACCCCUGGACCCCAGGCCCCACAAUCCACCCCCAUAAAGGGGGAGGACAAGCUGGAGGAGGUGCUGCGGGAGUUCAAGUCGCUCAGGGACCGCGUGAUCCUGCAAGACCGGCGCAUCGCCAAGCUGGAGGAGCAGAUCGCCAAGGUGGCCAUGUGAUCAGCCCCCCCCCUCCCCCUGGGGCCGUGCCAUGGUCGCGGGGCGUCGGAGGGAGACGAGACGAGGUGGGCCGAGCCAGGGCCGAAAGGGUGAAAUCAAUUGGGCUUCAUUCCCCCUCCCUCCCCCUCCCCUGGGAUCAGACCAAGCUCUCAUUCCAAGAUGGCGUCUAUCGUUUUUUCUUUCGUUUCUUUCCCAUGACACGUCUCGCUCCCUCGUUGGUCCUCAAACACGGGAGAUAAAACUGUUUGAUUCAGGUCCACUUUUUACUAUGGAUGAACACAUUUGAAGAGUUGCUGUUUUUCUGUGUAUGUGUAUUUUUUUUUUUUGUGCGGUUACAGAACAUUCUGGUGCUAGUAUGUAUUAUUAUGUAGACAUCAGUAUUACCAUACUUUUGUUUUUCUUUGCGUUGCCAAAUUUGAAUUGUACGUGGUUUAAAUGCACUGUUUUUACUUAUUUUUGUUUCUCCCGUUGUACAUUCCUGCCCUUUUCCAAACACAGAACCAUUUACACGACGAUUGAUUUUAAAAUGUCCCCUUAUGCCCAUUUGAUUGUGUUUUUAAAUAGGUGGUCCCUGCGAAAUAAAGUGUUUCUGAAACAAUUUAGCUCUUGUAGGAUUUUUUUUUUUUUUGGUUUUGGAGUUUUGGAUUGGAGGGGAGAGGGGGGUGGGAGCGGGACUGCCUUAUAGCACUGCAUCACUCUCCCUCUCUCUGGUGUAAAUGUUGAUGUGUACGUGUUGAUGGAGCCUCUUGUCAAUCCUCUUCAGUGUUGGGGAAGGAAGCACUCCCUCAGCUCUUGUUUCAUCCCCUGACUCCCUGAUAAUAUUCUGUUCACACAAUAAAGAUUGUACACCUGGGGAAAAGAAA